AACAACAUUUCACUUUUAAUGCGCAGUUGAAGACUGAGCCAUGGCUCUGUGCACUUUUCUUCUUCUCCUUGCUAUUUCUUUGGCUGGUGGGAUGGAUAGUGGUAUUAUUGGAGGAAAAGUGGCUAAAGCUCAUUCAAGACCAUACAUGGCAUCCAUUCAGAUCAACAAACACCACACGUGUGGAGGGAUGUUGAUCAGAGACGAUUACGUUCUGACAGCGGCUCACUGUUUAAAUCGUGGUGUGUACUCUGGUCGAGGCCACUUAGAGGUUGUUCUGGGAGCUCACAACAUCAGCAAACAUGAGCAAAACCAGCAGAGGAUUCAAGUGAAAAAAUAUAUCCGGCAUCCCAUGUUUCAACGCAACAAAGAGAAGGACUACAGCUAUGAUAUCAUGUUACUAAAGUUGAAGAACAAAGCCAAGAUCAGCAAAUUUGUCAAAGUUAUUUCUCUUCCUAAAAAAAAUGGGAAAAUACCAGCCAAUGUCAAAUGCUCAGUAGCUGGCUGGGGGUUGACGAAGCCAAAGGCAGAAUUGGCAUCAGAUGUACUGGAGGAAGUCACUCUCAAACUGCAGUUCGACUUUGAAUGUAAAACAAUGUGGCAGCAACAUUUUAACACUGAAAGAAUGAUCUGUAGUGUCUCAGAUGGGAAACAUGCUUUUUGCCAGGGCGAUUCAGGAGGUCCUCUUAUCUGCAAUACUAAACCCCAAGCAAUUGUUUCAUAUACUUUUGAAGGUAACUGUAUAAAUAAACAGUAUCCUCAGGUUUUUUUGAAAAUCUCCUACUUCCUUCCCUGGAUUAAAAAGAACAUGAGUUAA